UUGUUUAUUGGCGGUGUUUAAGAAAAGAUUUUAAACUUGGCGGAUUUCGCAGCACAAAAAAGAAGGGAUUUAAGAGCAAUGUGGAGCAACUUUGAAGCGUCCUCCGUGGAGGACGAGACCAUCUCCAAUGUGUUUUCAUCGCGGGGCAUUUUCCAAAUCAGCAGCGAAGAGGAAGUAAACAAAUAUCCGGAUGUCUUGGCCUCCGUGCAAAGUGGCAAGAUGGUCAUUGGCAUUGACAAAAGCCUGCUUCUUCUGGAGGACGAACUGGUGGCCAAGUGCAGCUUUCUGGGAUUUGGGGCCACCAUAGAGGCUAUUGCAAUUUCCACCAGUGGAAACCUGAUCGUUUGUGGCCUUAGUGAUGGCGAAGUUCACGGGGUUUUUAUAAAGGGACUGCUCCUCUUCAGCGUGGCCGUCAAUCUGGAGGACGUGAGCAUUUCGGGCGGUACCUUCCGAAGCAUUCACCAGUUGGAUCAGCGCUUUUACUUCACCUGCAAGAAUGGUAGCAUAUACAGUUUAAGCGACCUGGAUGAAACCAACUUAGAGUCUAUAUGCAAUGUCACCCUAAAUGAAAACGAAACCAUUGCCUGUGAGAAGGCCAUUCUCGAAGAUGUCACAAUUCAGCGCCUUUCCAAGGGGCGAUCAUCGGCCAACGUUGACUGUGCCGUACUGCUCAAGCAACUGGUGUCUGCCAACAUCAGUACCCAGAAUAAUCAAAACGAUCUGGAUUUUAGCCCAGGCCUGGUCAUUACUGGGGAUCAAGGCACGAUGAACUUCAAGGCGUCCGCCAACGAUGUAACCCGCAUCAAUUUGCCUUCUUACCUUGGCAGUCUUAAGCAGAUAUUUAACUUGGAGCACUAUAUAAUCGCUCUUACUAUUUCUGGACACUUAUUGGACAUUUGUCCUUACACUCGCACAAUUCACUUGUGCCAAAACACCCAAAAAAAUAAUAUUCUCAUCGAGGAUUUACUGGUUAUGGAGUGCAGCGAAGAAAACAUCGAGCUCCUGGUACUGACAAAGCCAACGGAGGAGGGACGCUUCAUAAAAAUUGUGGAGUACCCAACACUUAAUGUUAAGAACGAAGUGGAAGUUCCUAAUCACGCUUGGCUCGUUAGGCAGCCAAAGUGUGCUGUCAACUUGUACUACCUGGCUGCUAAGGAGGUCAACCAAAGUAGUAUUCCCUCGGUGGUGGAGAUGAUGCUCGUUUCUGAGACGGAUCCCAGUGAUCGUUUCAAAAAAUUGAUUGCCAAAGGGCGUCUGGAGGAAGCAGAGGAAUUUGGCAACCAGUUCGAGCUGUGCCUCCAGCCCAUCUACGAAGCCAAGGCGAAACGCAUUCUAGUAGAGCUUUGUAACUCGAAUUCCCGUAAGCCAACCUCAGAGGUUGAUGAAAAAUUCCAGAGCUUGUUAAACUUGCUGUCGAAAGUGGAGAGCAAAGCCUUUAUAAAAAGCCAUCGUAUGAUCAACUUAAAUUCGAGACAAAUUCUUGAGCGCUAUCUCCUUGAGGUAAAAAAACGGUUAAGUUUCGACGAUGAUGAGGAAGAUAUGUUGGAAAUUGACGAGCAACUGCACCGACUUAAAACCCUGGUCAUCAUAGAUCCCUACGAAUGCAAUACGGAGUGGCAGAAAUUCAUUUAUGACAACAACCUGGUCAGAAUGGUUAAGUCGCUGUUUAACACUGAUAUGCCGACGGCAUGUUUAAUCUGGCGGCGCCACUCGAGUAGUAUUCUGCCCCUAUUAAGCGAGGAUGAGUUGCGCACGCUUCUGGGAUUCAUUCCUAGCAACACGAAGCCCUUCAACGUGGUCCAGUGGCUGCGUCAGUUCAUACCGAUGGUCAGCAACACACAUCCUAGCAUAAUGCCCUUUAUUACUGACUGGAGCAUUGAGAUGACUCGAAAUCUGCAGUAUAGUCCGCACUGGCCGGAUAUAGGCCUGGAGUUCUGCACCAAGAUACUGGACAUAUUUGAAGAAAUCCAGUUUACUUACUCCGAUGUUCGGCGACAGCAAGAACGGAAUGUUGGCAAACUCCGGGAAUUAGUCAACGCCCUUCAGGAUCUGUCCGUUCUGAAGACCAACUACAACAUGGGCUUCACUCUAGACAACUACAUGCAGGACUCCAUUGAUGCCACGGCGUUGAGCAUUCUGCAGCACGUUCAAUUAGACAAAUUGCAGAGGCUGGUUAAGAACUUCAUGUACCCGAUCUUCCAGGAGAAGGGUCGGCAGCCUCUGGACGUGAUCAAGCAGUACAUAUCACAAUUGGUAGCCAGUCGUCAAUCGUCUAGUACUUGGCUAGAGCGAGCGAUGGCUUGCAUUGAGCUGCUUCACAAUGAAGACAGUCGUUUAGAGUGCGCAUUGUCAGUGCUGCAGAAUGCACCCGUUCCCUGGCCGGAUACACUAGCACCUCUCAUUAGACUGCGUACUUCAACUCAUCCCCUCGCUAUAAAGAUCAACGCUGAGUACGAAAUUCAGGUGAUCAAGAUCAUGAAAGUGAAGUACGGAUGGCCUGCCGACAGCUCCGACAUCAACCUAGAGCUUUUCAUGAUGCGCAUCGUCAAGUUAAACCUUCCGGACAUGCUAGACGAUAUCACCGCACUGACAAAGGCGGCGCCAGACAUCUCAACCAGCGCCAACUUUAACUGUUGUUACCAAAUGGCCAGACGAGGACAAAUCGAGAUGGCCUACGAGUUCUUCAAGACGCUGAAUGCCGAAAAGAGUUCAAAGAACGGGCAAGACGUGGUGGAGAUUAUUAUUAAACUCCUCGAGAACAGUUCUUUUUCAUCGUUUGAGGACGAGACUAAGGUUCAGGAACACAUAAACGUCCUUGAGCUCUCCAAGUUGUUCUUGCCGCAUGUUGAGUCCGUUUAUGAGCGACGCUACUUGGUGAUAAAGCAUCGCUUUCGCCUUUGGAAGUUCGGAAUCCAACUAAGCUGCAGCAGCGAACUCAUACCAUUGCAAAGGCGACAUGCUCUCCUAGACGAGGCCAUUGAAAGAAUCAUAGAACGGGCCCAAGCCACGCUAAAUGUGUCUGCUUUUAUAGCCAGCGAAAUAGGUGAACUCUGCACGGCUCUUAGUCUGUCCAAGGUGUUUGGUCUGAAUCGUAUUUCCCAGCGGAUUGGGUGUCUGCCCCUCAGUUGUGCCCUGGCAUUCCACGUGAUUAGCUUCGUUGACUGUAAGCCCUCCAAUGCAGGCGAUUUUAUUAAUUUAGCUGUCGAGCUGUUGGUUCAGCAAAUCGAAAAUGCCAAGGGGAAUAAUCGGGAAUCGGCUUCCUCGCUACAGCUUAUAAAUGAGAGCGAUCCCCUAAGUUUUUUUUUAGCCUACGAGCUACUUACCUCGGCCUUGCUCCACGAGGCCAGUCGUCGUCGUGAUCUUGUUGAACUCAUCAAAUACAUAAGAGUGGCUGUGAUCCACUAUCCACUAGAUGCUAUUAAGACAUACUACGACGGCAAGGAGCAAGCUGUUAACGAACACAUUUGCCGGGCCCUUGAUGGAAUUACAGUGGCCCUAAGCGAGACUACGUUGAAUUUCACUACACCUCUUAACGGGUCCUUUGACGUAAAAUCCCUACAGGCACCGACGGCCACAAAGAAGCGGUACUCGGUGUCCAUGUUCGAUGAGGUGGAAGUCCAGCCUAUUCAGCAAAUACAGCAGAAGAAGAGCAUUGGGGGUCACAUGGCAGUAGUAAAGUUUUUAGCCCGUACACUUUUGCUCAUGGUAACCGAAACAGAGCCGAGCAAUUCCUUGUUGAUGCAGGUGCGCCAUGGACUAGCUGAAAACACAAAGGCGGACCUCGAUAGCGCUCGCGCAGACUUUUUCUUGUCGUUAGAACACCUGACAAAGGCUAAGGAGCACGACGUUUGGUACGUAAUGUCACAGUAUUUGCUGGACUUCCAAAAGCAGAACUGUCGGAAGAAGCGGAUCAUCAACGAGGGCUUUAUUACGCUGCAACUGCGUCGCAUAUUCCGCAAUGCUAUGGGCAGCAAAGAAACGAAUUUCAUUGAACUCUUUACCAUGCUGGUUGUGGACAGCGAAGCACUGGCUUUGCUGGAAAAGCUCUCCACAGAAGUAAAGACUGACUUGCAAAAGAUCAACUUCCUGACAUUAUCUGCCAUGUACCACGAACACAUUGAAGACGUAGAAAACGUGCAAAUGAUACGUUCAAAGCGUUUAAAACUUUAUUAUUACCUGGAGUUUUGUCAGCAGGAUCCUAGGAUCAAGGGCAAGUUCAACGCGGACAUGGACAACGUGGAAGACCUCCUUAAGGAGUUCCACAACAAGCAGCUCGACGUACAGUUGUUGGAGCGCAUGAGCAAGGACUUUGGUUUCGACUACCAAAAGAUACUUAUAACCCAGAUACUAAGCAUUCUAAGUGCCCAGGAGUUACGCUUUGAGGUCAAGAAAGACACCUUUGGCGACGAGGAACUGGUUAUGCUAAGCAGCGCUCAGGAAAUGCGCGAUAUGUGCCAGCCGUACAUCAAUGAAAUCAACAAUGUGGAGCUCUUUACUUCCAAAUUGAAAAGCUUCAUUGAAGAAAUCAACAUAUACUUCUAUGAGUUGUAUAUGUGUGUGAUCAACAUCUUAAUGUAUUUUGAUGCGGCACCGAAGGAAAUGGAGAUCUGGAAAAACAUUUUACACUUCUUGCGGCAUAAAAUGAUCACCAGGAGACGUAAUCGUCCGGGUCAGAUAGAGACAGACAUGUGGCUUAAGUCGCAGAGGGAAAAUGGCGUCAUGCCGAAGAUAUCACGUUACCGCCUGCCUUUCAUGCCAAUAGUAGAGCAACCUCUCAAGGAUAUUCUUGACAGCGAACUGAACGUAGACAACUGCCAGAGUUGGUUCCCACUAAUUCAAAUGUACACGGCCCUAAAAGGAGCUAAGGAUAGCUCUCCAAACUGUGACUACUUCUGCAUGUCGGCAGUAAAGAAUUCGAUAUCGGAGUACAAGUCGAAGAACGAAUCAGAGUCAUGGAGUCUUCAUCCCACUAGUAAUGCUUUCCUUCAAUCAAUUCUACGCCUGGUCGAGAAAGUAAACAACCCCAAUAAGGCAUUUCUUAUACUGUACUUUGUGUCCAACUAUGCUCGAGAUGGAGCAGACCAAGUGGAGGCCUCCUUUGAAUGCUGGAAAUUCGUCAAGGAGAAAGGUCAUCUUAUCACCGAUCCAAAGAGUCGCGAACAGGUAGCUAAGGUAAAGCGGCGGUAUCCCAUUCAGAAAACACAGCAUUUGCUGUAUGUCUAUGGCCUGACCGACGAGAAGCUUCUGCGCCAGGUUGACAAUCCAACCGAGUUGAUUUUCGGUCUGUACCACCACGAGCUGAUCCUCAAGUCCAGCAAAGUAGACAUAAACGCCUUGGUCGCGGAGAUCGCUAAGCUUCACGACCUCUGUUUGCCCACUAUACAAUACCGUCUGCUGCAGAAGUGGCUGUCACUGACAAUGGAGCCUGCGGCUGACGGUACUAUUCUAGAAGAGACUUUCAUGGAGGAGCAGAACUGGCCGGAGCAGACUAAUGGUGCGGACGGCACAAACAGUCAGGACGCCAGCGAAAAUGUGAACAGAGCCUUUUACAUACUCUCCAGCUGGCCAAAAGCUGAGGCGGUCAAGUUCCUUGUGGGUUUAAUCUUCAAGGGCGGAUCUGUAAAUACCUCAACACAGCUGCAAAUGUACGAGUGCUACUCCAAGCUAAACGAUGGCAGCAACUCCUUUACCAACACGGUCAGCCAACGCCAAUUUAUUAGCAUUAAGUGUGUGCACGAGCUAAAGACUCUCGGUUACAAGACGAACCUUGAGAAGUUCUCCGACAACCAUUGCAAUAAGAUUGACAUUCUGAAGAUGAUCUGGCAGCGCAAUGCGCAGAAUCCCUUAUCACUGGAGGUGAUGGCCAACAUUUGUCUUGGCUUCGACAUACACCUGCCGCAAAUCUGGAACGGCAUCCUUAAACGUAUGGUGUUGUUCCACAUGGUCAGGGAGUUGAAUGCUUUGGUAGAUGUGCUCAGCUGCCGGCCGCAUCUGCUUCACCUGGAUGGAUUGGCCCAGGCCUGGGACUAUGUGCUUUGCAAUCCUCUGAAGAACGCCGUGGAGACACGCUCCUUCGAGCAGGAGGAGCUACUGCACAAGACGCUUCUGCGCCUCCAGGGUUGUCCAGUUGUUCAUGCUCUUAAUCUACUGCAGUUCGCCGAGCAUUGCAUUGUCGUCCACCGACCUCACAUGGCCGCGGCGCUGCUCAGUUUCUGUCAGAGCUCCGAGGAUCGCAAAAAGAUUAAAAAGAUAAUACUUUCCCACCCGGUAGACAACCUGCGUCAGCAGAUCCUGGAUCUGGAAGAUGCCGGUAUGCUAUCGGUAGUCCUAAACUUUGCGCUUAAGGAACUGAAUCUUUAAGGGAGGAGUUCAUAAGGAGUUUGUAAUUCCCUAUUUUAUACGAAUAAAUGAAGUAAAAUACAUGAGGUAGUUACUUUUGGAUUAAGGGUAUACAUUUUGUAAAUAAAUAAAUAAACAUUGUAAUUAUUUUUGUAAA